AUGUCGGGGUUCUUACAAAAGAUUGUUCACAAUGAGGCGAUGAAGACUGAUCCCAAGGAGAUUUAUGGGUGGAGAGUCUAUUUACUUGCCUGCUCGGCAUGCUGUGGAGGAAUGUUGUUCGGUAUGGACUCCGGAAUCAUUGGUGGUGUCCUGACCAUGCCACCAUUUAAACAAACAUACGGCCUGAUGAACCUCGAUGCUGUAGCCCAGGCGAACUUAUCUGCCAACAUCGUCUCUACCCUCCAAGCAGGAUGCUUUUUCGGGGCUCUCCUAGCUUCUCCCGCCGCCGAGAGAUGGGGCAGAAGAGGUGCCUUGAUAGGAUCGGCUUUGAUUGGCAUCAUCGGUGUCAUCAUGCAGGCCUCGGCAAGUGGGCAUUUAGAGGCUAUGUAUAUUGGGCGUCUGAUUACUGGCUUUGGAGUGGGCGGCGCCUCGAUGAUCAACCCACUAUACGUUUCUGAAAACGCACCACGCGCAAUUCGUGGAGGAUUGACGGGCCUCUAUCAGUUCUUCAUAACGAUGGGUAUCAUGCUUGCCUUCUGGAUCAACUACGGCUCACUGCUCCAUCUGACUGGCUCGGCAAUGUAUCUUGUCCCACUAGCCAUGCAGGGUCUUCCAGCUGUGCUUCUAUUUGUGGGCAUGCUGCUCUGCAAUGAGUCUCCACGGUGGUUGGCCAAACAGGAUAGAUGGGAGGAGGCACGCGCGACUUUGAGCAAAGUACGCGCGUUACCAGCUGACCACCCAUACCUGGAAGACGAGUUCCAGGCUAUCGCAUUACAGUUGGAGCAGGAACGGGCUCUAGUUGGGGGCUCUGGGUUCUGGGAUCUUAUGAAAGAGAUGUGGCUUAUUCCGGGCAAUCGAAAGCGGGCUAUGAUCUCGAUAUUCUUGAUGGUUUGCCAGCAGAUGACAGGGACGAAUGCGAUUAACUAUUACAGUCCACAGAUUUUUAAAAAUUUAGGGGUAACCGGCAACGCGACCAAUCUCUUCGCAACAGGCAUCUACGGUAUCGUCAAGAUGGUCAGCUGUGGCGUCUUCCUCGUUUUUGUCGCCGACUCCCUUGGCCGUCGACGCUCCCUACUCUGGACAUCUGUGGCACAAGGUCUUGCCAUGCUCUACAUUGGACUAUAUAUCCGCAUUGCUCCCCCAGUUGAAGGGGCUCCCGUGAUUCCAGCUGGCUAUGUUGCUCUCGUCUGCAUUUUCCUCUUUGCAGCUUUCUUCCAAUUUGGCUGGGGGCCGGUCUGCUGGAUUUACGUCUCAGAGAUCCCGACUGCACGGCUCCGGUCUCUGAAUGUUGCAUUUGGAGCAGCGACGCAGUGGUUAUUCAACUUUGUGGUUGCGAGGGCUGUUCCAAAUAUGCUGGCGACGGUUGGCGCUAAUGGCUACGGCACAUAUAUUAUAUUUUCCUGCUUCUGUUUCUCUAUGGGUGUCUUUGUGUGGUUCUUCAUUCCAGAGACAAAAGGUAUGUCUCUUGAGAAGAUGGAUGAUCUCUUCGGUGUCACCGAAUUGCUCCAGCGUAAAGAAGAUCCCGAGCACAGCUCAACUCCAGCCGAUGCCGACAAAUAUACGGGAUCCCAUGUCGAACGAGUGGCAUAA